ACUAUUGUAGUUGUUUGAAGAGCGGCGUCCCCCCGCCGCCCCGCGUGAGUUAGUGAGGGGCAAGACUCCACCGUGGAAGGAUGGGUCGUCUUCAACUCCUGCUGGCGACUUUCUCAGCUAUACUCGUCUGCUACGCGAAUGCGUACACGUUCGAAGGAGAUAUUGGCCAGCCCAUCACCCUGCCUGAAACUGUCUUCUCACCAGACCAGUCCUACAACCUAGAACUCGACGAAGAUGAAGAUGAAGAUGAAGAGUCAAGUUCAGCUCUGCUGGACGAACUUCUCUUCCUGGAACGAGACGAAGUGGACCACCACAGGCAAGUGAAGGAGCUCCUAGCCCUGAUGGAGUCACUCUCGAAUGAGAUAGAGGAGAUUGAGGAAGACGAGGACGAGGUGUUUCUGGAGGUCAUCGACGCGAUGAAGAGAGACUAUCGUGAAAAAAUAGGAGCUCCUUCUCCUGUUGCAGAAGGCUCUACAGGCCUUAGUAAAGAGUGCAUGGGUUUGCAGUGUCACGAGCAAGUUCCACCGCCUCUGUUGUUUGGGGAAGAAGAAAACGGGAAACGACUGAAACGGUCCCCAAAGAGGACCAGCUCAAGGGGAAGCAGCAGAAGCAGUUCAAGUGGCAGUUCUUGGUUAUCACGGAGGCGAAGUAGCAGUAGCAGUAGUAGCGGCAGCUCCUCAGGUACAAGCAGCAGUAGAGGCAGCAGCAGCAGCAGCAGUAGUAGUGGAACUAGGUACACCUCUUCAGGAAGCAGUGGGUCCUCAUCUUCCAGCAGCAGUGGGUCCUCAUCUUCCAGCAGCAGCGGGUCCUCGUCUUCCAGCAGCGGUGGAUCUUCGUACGGAUGGAACACAGGAUCGUCUGGAAGCAAGCCGUCGACUGGAACGGGCGUGGCAACUGGAACAGGUACGGGAAUAAGCCCGGGUAGCUCUUAUCCCAAGCAACCUGGAUCAGGAUACCCUACUGGGUCUCAACCUUCCGGAGGCUAUCCUAGUGGAACAGGUACUGCUGGAGGGUAUCCUUCUGGUACAAACCCUGUUGGAGGCUAUCCUGGUGGAACAGGUUCUGCUGGAGGGUAUCCUUCUGGUACAAACCCUGUUGGAGGCUAUCCUGGUGGAACAGGUUCUGCUGGAGGGUAUCCUUCUGGUACAAACCCUGUUGGAGGGUAUCCUUCUGGUACUAGGCCUGGUAGUGGAUAUCCUGCUGGGACAAACCCUGUUGGGGGCUAUCCUAGUGGAACAGGUUCUGCUGGUGGAUAUCCUACUGGGACAAACCCUGUUGGAGGCUAUCCUGGUGGCACAGGUUCUGCUGGUGGAUAUCCUGCUGGGACAAACCCUGUUGGAGGGUAUCCUUCUGGUACAAGGCCUGUUGGAGGGUAUCCUACUGGAACAAACCCUGUUGGAGGCUAUCCUUCUGGUACAAGGCCUGUUGGAGGGUAUCCUACUGGAACAAACCCUGUUGGAGGCUAUCCAACUGGUACAAACCCUGUUGGAGGUUACCCCUCAGGGACACGACCAGUCGGAGGUUAUCCAACUCACACACAGCCUGUUGGUGGAUAUCCUAGCUAUCCCACAGGAUCAAGACCUUUUGGGAGCAGCAACCAACCAUUUGGAGGGUAUCCUUCACACGGCCAGCCCUCCUAUGGAGGAUAUUCAGGAUAUCAGCCUUACGGCGUGUCUCACGGAUACUCUACAGGCAGUUCAUCUUUUGGUGGAUUUCCAGCUAGCAAGCACUCUUACGGUGGCUUCCCGAGCGGAGGAUUUGGUCGGACUGGGUUAGCAACAGGAGGAUUUGCUGCAGGCGCCUUUGCCGGCAGCCACUACCCCGUAGGAGGGUUUGCAAAGCCCCUGAAGAAGAAGACGAAGAAGGAUAAGGUGAAGGACGUCAUCAAGACAGUAGCCGCCGGAGUUAUAGCUCACAAAGCCCACAAAAAGAGUAAGUUUAUGUCACCCUUUGGUCAUCAUGGAAUGGGCUAUGGGGGUCACAAAGGCGCUGGGCUUCUUGGGGCUGGUCUUGGGGGCUUAGCUGUGGGCAAGGUCGCCAAGAAGGUCCUGGGUGCUUACGUCAAGAUCCAGAUCGCCAAGUACGCUCUCAAGUUUGGCGCGGAGGCUGCCAAGGCCUAUUUCAUGUACAAAAUGGGCAUCGAGUUGGACGACUACAUGGUCGGGAAGUUCGUCCACCGGUACCACCAGCAUCGGGUGUACGGAGACAGUCGGUGGAGACAUCGCACACACUACCACAGUGACAGGCCGCCUUCAGGGAAGGAGGAGGACAACAUAACCCUAGGAGAGUUCUGCCACAGACCUUGCAACGAGAGCGACAAGCGCGUGUGCCAAUUCAGCAUGGAGAUUCAUCUGUACCAAACCAUGUCCAGGGCAUGUUACAACUGCCCUAGCAAUACCACUGACUGUGAAAGGCCAGAGUGUAUCGCAGCCGACGGGAAGAGACGAAUGGUCGUGGUAGCCGACAAAACCAUUCCAGGACCGGCGAUCCAGGUCUGUGCAGGAGACAAGGUACUGGUAGACGUGUUCAACAACCUGCCCUCAACGGCCGUUUCUCUCCACUGGCACGGCCUGACCUUGGGUCGUACGGCAGCGGUGCCAACGGCGCGUACCACACCCUUCAUGGACGGUGCCCCGGGUGUCACGCAGUGCCCCAUACCCCCCGGGUCAGGCUUCAGGUAUUCCUUCGACGCCACGGAUCCUGGAACGCACUUUUGGCACGCUUCAACAGGUCUGGAAAGAGGCGACGGGGUCUUCGGUCCUCUGGUGGUCCACCAAUCCCUGGAAAAGGACCCAAUGCAGGGCAUGGCCGAACACAUGUUUUUGGUGAACGAUUGGUUCCACAGUUCCACGCAGAACAAGUACGUCCUGCAACAGAACAGCGGAGAGGAGGCAAAACCUCAGUCAAUCCUCAUCAACGGUCAGGGACGUCACAAGCACGACGACACUGGACCUCAAGUACCUUACUUCAACUUCCUGGUCGAAAAGAGCAAGAGAUACCGUCUUAGGAUGAUCAACGCAGCUUCGACGAACUGUCCAGUCACAGUCUCCGUCGACAGUCACGAUUUCGUCCUGCUGACAGCUGACGGGUCUUCCAUCAGCCCCGUCAACGCCUCGUCGGUGCUGCUUUACCCAGGCGAGAGAUACGACGCCAUGUUCUCAGCCGAGCAGGAAUCGGGCGAGGAGGGCGCCACCUACUGGAUCCGUGUCGAGGGAGGAAACGACUGCUUGGGUCUGCGACAGUUCGCCAGCCUACAGUACCUCCCGGCAAACGUCACGGCGACGCCCCUUCCCACCGUGGCUCCUGGAAUCGAUCCCUCGACGGUGGCGUCGGAUUCCUAUGGAAUGAAUGUCUUCACGGGCAAGUGUGGCACAGCAGGUCAGAGGUGCGUCUCGGGUCUCAGGUCACAGGGGUCAAUUCCUGAGAGGAUGAACAAACCCAAGGCUGACAUGACCUUCUACCUCUCUUUCUCCUCCAGGGAGAUUCACAAUGAAAACAUCUACUCACUCCUGUUCUACAACAUCUAUGAAGAAGAGGCCUCCAAGCGGGUCAAAACUCCCCAGAUCAACAACCUAAGCUUCAGAGGCAGCUCCACCCCGCUUCUGGUGGACCAGAAGCCCUUGAGGGCAGAGAAUUGCAGCUCUGAAGGCGUCCGUCAAGCCCAUUGCUCAGAGGGCUUCUGCGAAUGCCUCCACAUCGUCACGGUUAACGUCGGAAGUGUUGUGGAUAUGGUUCUGAUUGGAGAAGGUAACAGCACGGGCAUUACACAUCCGGUGCACCUCCACGGAUACAAAUUCUGGGUCCUGGCCCACGUCGAUGCGGAAGCGGUGCCGGAAGUGACUCCCCGCGAAGGAGAAAACAUCACCUUCCCCGCGGGGAUGUCCCGCGACAAGGCGAUACGCCUCGACGAGGAGGGGCGCCUUACGAGGUACCUGGAGAGUCCUGUGGUCAAGGACACGGUGACCAUCCCCGCCGGAGGAUACACCAUCAUCAGGAUAGCUGCUGAGAACAACGGAUUCUGGGUCCUCGAAAGCCAGGUGCUGUUCGACUCCCAGGCGGGAAUGAGCCUUGUCCUUCAAGUAGGAUCCGACCAGGACCUCCCGCCCAAGCCCAAGGACUUCCCGACCUGUUAACAGCAGGAGCUGACGCCAGAGUGGUCCUUUGAGGAAUGGGAAAUCAAUAAAAAUCAAUAGAAACAAAGGAAGAAAUCAGUUGGGCUGCAAUGUUGACAUCUGAAUUGCAAACGUGAACCUGUUAGACUAUAUAGGUCUACAGGGACUGUAUAAUUAGAUCCGAACUGUAUGUUAGGGUAGACUUAAACCUCAAUAGCUUUAUGAUAUAGUUAAGAAAACACUGUGUUGCAGAAUUGGAGUAUAGAAAGAAACAGUAUAUAACUUUAUGAUAUAGUUAAGAAAACACUGUGUCGCCAUCUAAUGAGUGUUUUAUAUCAGUAUGUGAAACCAGCUAGACUAUAUAUACUAUAGGUCUAGGUCCAGAGGAUGGCUGUUAUGAAUUAGACUUAAACCUCAUAACUUUAUGAUAAAAAAAGAAUUAUGAAA